GCACAUCUGGGACAAAGAGGGCGUGGUCAUCAACGUCCAGUCCAUCCCUCGCAUGCGUCUGGAGGCAGACGGCACCCUCCACAUCUCCCAGACCUGGUCAGGUGACAUCGGCACAUACACGUGCAGAGUCACCUCCGUCGGCGGCAACGACUCCCGGAGCGCUCACCUCCGCGUCAGGCAGCUGCCCCAUGCCCCAGAGAACCCCACGGCUCUGCUGAGCAAGUCUGAGAAAAGAGCCAUCGACCUGGCCUGGGCCAAACCUUUUGAUGGCAACAGUCCCCUCAUACGCUACAUCCUGGAGGUUUCUGAGAACAAUGCUCCCUGGGCCAUCCUGCUGGCCAAUAUCGAGCCAGAGUCCAUGGCGGUGACGGUCAAUGGUUUGAUCCCCGCACGCUCCUAUCAGUUCCGCCUCUGCGCUGUUAAUGAUGUGGGGAAGGGGCAGUUCAGCAAGGAGACAGAGCGUGUUGCUCUGCCAGAGGAGUCCCCCAGUGCUCCUCCUCAGAAUGUCAUCGCCAGUGGUCGGACCAACCAGUCCAUCAUGAUCCAGUGGCAGCCUCCACCAGAGAGCCACCAGAACGGCAUCCUCAGAGGAUACACCGUCCGGUACCGUCUCACCGGGCUGCCCGUGGACUACCAGAUCAAAAACAUCACCAGCCCAGAUGUGACCAACCUGCUGCUGGAGGACCUCAUCAUCUGGACUAACUAUGAGAUCGAGGUGGCCGCCUACAACGGGGCGGGUUUGGGCAUUUUCAGCCACAAGGUCACCGAGUGGACCCUGCAGGGCGUGCCCACCAUCGCCCCCGGUAACGUGCAGGCCGAGCCGGUCAACUCGACGACCAUCCGUUUCACGUGGACGGCCCCGAACCCCCAGUUCAUCAACGGCAUCAACCAGGGCUACAAGCUGCUGGCAUGGGAGCCCGGCAGAGACGAGCAGGUUUCUAUGGUAACAGUGCGACCCAACUUCCAGGACAGCGUCCACGUGGGGUACGUGACAGGUCUGAAGAAGUUCACCGAGUAUUACACCUCGGCGCUGUGCUUCACCACACCCGGCGACGGCCCCCGCAGCCCGCCCAAAGCCUCGAGGACACACGAGGACACUCCCGGCGCCGUCGGUCACCUGAGUUUCACCGAGAUCCUGGACACGUCGCUCAAAGUCAGCUGGAGCGUGCCCGUGGAGAAGAAUGGAGUUCUCACAGGUUAUCGCAUAUCGUGGGAGGAGUUCAACCGAACCAACACCAGAGUCACCCACUACCUGCCCAAUGUCACCUUAGAGUACAGGGUGACCGGGCUCACCGCUCUCACCACCUACACCAUCGAAGUGGCCGGCAUGACGUCCAAGGGCCAGGGUCAGCUGUCGUCCUCCACCAUCUCCUCCGGCGUCCCACCAG